UGGAAUUCCCAGCGUUGUUUCCAGGUUGAUGGGACUCCUUAGAUGAACAAUUUGACCGUUAUUUGGAUCUACGUCAUAUGUUAACGCUUGAAUUCUGAUUAAUUUUCUUCCGGGAUUUCGGAUUUCCUUGUAUAGAACGUAACAACAUGUCUUUUUCCCACCACGAGUCAUAUUAAUGAAUGAAAACCCGCCUACACAAGACUGAAUAAUCUUCACACGUAUACAGACACCUGUAUCACUAAAGGAUAAACUUAUGUAAUGUCCGGCCAGGAUCGAGAUGUGUACUAUAUUUUACUUGUCAGAAAGAUAGGUAGAAAGAAGGAGCGGUCAAUUUUAAGGCCAUCUAAUUCUGAGGUUGAAGUUUUGCCAGGAAGUUUAUUGGUUCAUAUUGAAGAAGUUGACAAACAUGGACAACUAGUUUGGGUUUUGGAGCUAUUGGAACCAGACAGUACAGAAGUGGAGUGCUGCUUUGAUGAAAUACAACAAUUGAAACACCAGGAGCUUAAUUUACUUCAGCCAAUUCCUGUUUUGAGUGAACGUGUGACCGUUUUUCAUGACAAAACAUGGCUUAACGAGGGAGUGACUCUUAGUGUGGGGGAUCCAGUUAUUGUAUCUCUCAAAGGCAACCCAGACUUAGCUGGUAUACUAAGAUACAAAGGGGAAUUGAAAGAUAAUACCGGUAUUCAGUUUGGUGUUGAACUUUCAAGGGAAAACCGGGGUAAGGGAACAUGUGAUGGUGUUUUUCGUAAAAAACGGUACUUUACCACAGAAACAAAUUCUUCCGUGUUUGUGCCAUUGAAUAAGAUUCGAAGAGACCUUACCAGACCAGCUAGCCAUGGAGGAACGGGGGGCGCUACUGGUUUUGCAAAUGAACAGCAGACUUUUGCUGAUUAUCAUGGUUUACGAGAACGUGACCGGGUUGUAUGGAUGAGUGACAGCGGUGCGGAGCAUGGUGUAGUGAAAUGGAUAGGGAUUUUACCCGAUUCUCGCCAUCAUGAAGUCACGGUUGGGGUGGAAUUUGAUAAUCCCGUGGGUUCGGGGACAGGGAAAUAUAAAAAUACUCGUCUUUUCUAUGCCAAAGCACAACAUGCUUCUUUAGUACCUAUUAUGGGCCUUAUAAAAGCUGAUGAUGUUGCGGUCAGAGAUACAACCCCUAACUAUGGCGACAGUAACAAGGUAUUUAUGGAAGGUUCCAACACCACGCCAGAGCUGCUUCGAGAACAGGAACAGCUCUUACUGGAGGCAGAGAAACGCAAGCUAUCGCAACAACAGACGGACAAAUAUGGUGCUCAGCAAAAAUAUUCUAAACAAGGAGGAGCACAGACGUAUCACAGAGAAGAACAGUUUGAUCUAAACGAUGUUAAAAAUAAAGUCACUGCGGACAUCCAUGCUCCUCCCAAACAAAUAGGAUUAACUAAACCUAUGUAUCGACAGACCGAGCCUACUGAAGAAAAAGGUCAAGGACUAAACCCUGUAUAUGAAUAUAAUAAGAAAAAUCAAGAUUUAAAGAGAAGUCCUGAGCCGUCCACCUCUGAGAUUGUCAUACGAGAGUCCCUAGAACAACCUGGGAGUGGGGGCAGCAAACGGGGUCAGGAGUCCAUCCCAAAUGCUGACCCCGACCUUGAGGUGGGGUCAAUGGUGGAGGUCAUGAACAACCCUCCAUUGUAUGGGGUCAUUAAGUGGACUGGCUACCUCCCUGACCAGAAGAAACCACUUAAACCAAUCGCUGGACUGGAAAUGGAAGAAGAAAUAUCUGCGGGAACAGACGGUACGUUUGGUCAACAUCGCAUGUUUCAUUGUGCUCCUAGGAAGGCCUUCUUUGUUCCCCUGUAUAAGUGUAGAAAGGACAAGCGAUUUGUGGAAUGCAAAAUGUCUUUAGAAGAUGCCAUGGGAAAAAAUAACUUUGGAAGAUUAGAAACUCCGGAUGUUCCGGGAAAUAUUUCUCCACCAGAUUCUAUGGAGGUAUUCGAUAUAAGACAUAAAGUCUGUGGUAAAGAAAAGGGCAUUCAAGGUCACCAUAACUCUUGUUACCUCGAUGCUACAUUGUUUGCGAUGUUCUACUUCACGACAGUGUUUGAUGGUAUUCUGUACAGACCUAAACGUAGCGAUGACCUUCCUGAGUAUGAAGAGGUCAAGCAGGUCAUAAAGGAGGGCAUUGUGAACCCAUUAAGGAGGUAUCACUAUGUACGGGCAGACAAGGUGAUGCGACUACGACAGUUGCUACAUAAGCUGGGAAAUAUACCAGGCAUGAUGAGCGAGGAGAAAGAUCCUGAGGAGUUCCUGAGUUUGUUAUUGACUCAGAUCACCAAGGCAGACCCGCUACUACAUAUAAGGUCGGAGGGAGACCAGGACAUACAGCACUCGUUCCUAUACCAGCUGAUCAUGGAGAAGGAUGAAAGACUUCUGCUGCCCACUACACAACAGCUGUUUGAGCUGUCAUUUCUACAGAUGGGCGUCAAACUACAGGAGCGACCGUCGUGUUUGAUCAUACAGAUGCCGAGGUUUGGUAAAGAUUACAAGAUGUACAACAGGAUUGUACCAAGUCUAGAGCUAGAUAUCUCUGAUGUCCUGGAAAGUGCUCCGCGGGAAUGUAUUAUCUGUGGGGACCUGGCCAUGUUUGAGUGUAAGAACUGUUACAAUACACAUGGUGCUGGACUGAAUACUAUCGCCUUCUGUGAGGGCUGUAAACAAAUGAGUCAUAUGCAUAAAUUACGUCAACACCACAAGCCUCGGAAAAUCUCUGUUCCGCAAGAGUACCGUGAGCGACACAACCAUCAAAAACAUGUCACUGGACAAAAUCCUUCAAUACCUCGAGAAAAAAUGGAACUUUUUGCAGUAGUUUGUAUUCAAACAAGCCAUUAUGUGUCUUUUGUGAAGUGUGGCAAGGGCAGGAGUGCCCCCUGGCUUUUCUUUGACUCGAUGGCUGACCGGAUGGGGGAGCAGAGUGGUUACAAUAUACCUGAGGUAAAACUGUGCAAAGACUUGUCUCAGUGGCUCUCGGACGAUUACCAGUCGGAGAUAAUGAGUCACCGUGACAAUAAAGACCUCCCAGAACACAUGCGUCGGCUCUUGUGUGAUGCAUACAUGUGCAUGUAUCAAAACCCUGAAGUGUCAAUGUUUAAAUAAACACAGCAUUCUAUUUAUUGACCGCUAAAUAUCUAACAAGGCAUGAAAACUACCCAUAGUCUGACUUAAUGUCAAGAGUAACUAUCCUCGUUAUCUCAGGACUAGCAACCUCUACAUGAAGCCAUUUAGGCAUCUGUUUCUGAAACAGCAGUCACCCAUAGGUUCAGCAUAAAAACACAGUAUGUCACAGCGAUUUGUCAGCCUUUAGUACUCUAAAAAGAUAGGUUUUGUCAAAGGAGUGACAGCCUUUGGAGUGUAAUAUCUGGGAGUUUACAUUGUCCCUUCAUGGGGGAGUUUACAACAGGUUUACAUCAAUACAGUGUCAUUUCACCUGGAGGGAGAUCUCCAGAAAAUUAGGCAAUUUGGAGGCAUGUCUGAAUAAGAAUGAUUUCAGCAUCAGAAUAACAAGAAUGAAUUCAGUGUCGGAAUAAUAAAUUUAUAUGAGAAUGAAUUCAUUUUGGUUGGAAUAGAAUUAGAGAAUGUGGCCAUCAUCACUUGAGAGACUUUGAGAAGUAUUCGAAAAUUAUGUCGUCGCUGGAAUAACCGAGAAUAUUGCUCUAAUCAUCGAAAUAUCUGGAUAGGAGACGAGUAAUGAUACUGCUGCUGAAAUAACUCAAGGAUAAUAAUAUCAAUAUCACUGGAGUUGCUUGAUGACUUUUGGAGAACGAUGCCAUUAUCACUGGAUAUAUUUUGGAGAACGAUGCCAUUAUCACUGGAUAUAUUUAUGAAAAGUAUGUGAAACCAGUGUUGUCUCUGGGAAACUGAGAAUAUACUAUCGUCACGGAAUUGACUAUGAGAAUAAUUAACCAACAUCAUUAGAGCAACUUGAUUAACUUUUGGAGAACCUCAUUUAUCAGCAAGCUUUCCAAUUAAUUGUUUCUAUUCAGAAAAUGAACUUCUACUUGUAUUUAACAAUAUCCGAGUCUCAAUCCAAGUUUUCUUUUUCUCACCAGUGUACAGAUUGAUGAGGUGUCGUUGGUAUAGAUAGAAAGUCACAUUUUGUGAUAAAUUUCCAGGGAGAUCAGAUCAACUUGACAAAAUAUUGGAACAUCAAGUCAGAAGCUAUUUUCUAGCAUGAUGGAAAACCCCCAUUUUAUGUGACGAUUAUAGAGAUGUUGGAAACUUUGGUAUCCAAAGAUAUUUUAUGCAGAUGCAUGUCAUCUACAUCGUGUGUACAAAGGGAUACCGUAGAUGUCUAGAUAGGUAAACAGUAGUCAUGGUUAUCACUUAUGCACUAGAAAAUGUUACAAUUUGUCAUGAUAUCUUACAACUUGUAAUUGAAAAGUUGAUGGGGUAUGCGUUCUGCUAUUGCCCAGCGUUUUUAUAGCCUUAUCCUCCCACUAGAGCUAGCCGAGUCAAAUUGCUUUAAAAUGUGACUGACAAUCGCUUAUCAUGUUGUGAAUUUUAGCAGUGAUGCUUCAUACAAUAAAAACGAGGAUUAACACCUGAUUCAUAAAACUGAUCCGUCUAAAAUAUCCCUUCAAAAGGAAGUACAUUUACAUACGGAGCUGUGAAAAUACUGAUGUGUGAUCAACUGGUUUCUGAAUAAGAAAAAGUGACGCGAACUGGUUUAUGAAGUUUUAAGUAGAGAUGCUACUCGUACUUCUGCAGCAUCAUGAAUCAUUGUUAAGGAGAACAAUAAAAGAGGUACACAAACAACACGGUAUUCUGGUGUCAGGUUUUUGAAGGAAACAAAUUAUCUGGUCAAUUGUCAUAAUUUUUAACGCAAUUUUUGUUUGGUUUAUUUUAUUUCAUACCUAGUUGGAAAUGAUGGAAUUGUUUUAAAUUCUAUAUACAUUAUUGUACGUAAAUUCAAACUCAAGUGUUGCAAGAACAACUUGGCAAUUCAUUUGAAUUAAAUAUUGAUAAUGAAUAUUGCUGGGAUAUUUAAUUUACACUGAAAAACUGGGAAUUAUUUUAAAAUUGGGAAUCCAAAAUCACAAUAAGAAUGUUAUGUACUGUAAUUAAUUCACAGUAAAGGGGGAAAAUUAUGUCUGGCGAGUAAAACAAAGAAAGAAAUCAUCUCUAAGGAAAUGUGUUAAAUAAACCUUCCUGAACUUUUAACAUUUAGGGAAGUAGUAAAUCUAGAGGUCGAUGACACUAUAGAGGGCGGCAGACUGUAGGUGAUAAUGUACGUAGGUAGGGCGGCAAGACUGUAGGUGAUAAUGUAGGUAGGUAGGGCGACAGACUGUAAGUGAUAAUGUAUGUAGGUAGGGCGACAGACUGUAGGUGAUAAUGUAGGAAGGUAGGGCGACAGACUGUAGGUGAUAAUGUAGGAAGUUAGGGCGACAGACUGUAAGUGAUAAUGUAGGUAGGAAGGGCGACAGACUGUAGGUGAUAAUGUAUGUAAGUAGGGCGACAGACUGUAGGGGAUAAUGUAGGUAGGUUGGGCGGCAAGACUGUACGUGAUAAUGUAUGC